GUCAUCGAGAGAAUCCUUGGAAUAUUGAAACUGAGAAGACGGCAAUGCCCAGGUUACUGACAGAUAUUCAAGUCAAACGGAGUUUACUUACUAAUUUAUGAGCUUAGUUAAAUAUAUCGGGACAUAUCUCUCGUACCACACAUUGAGAUUGUCUGGGGCCUAUCCGUUUCACCUUUUUCUAGCUUUGUUUGCGUAGGAUAUAUUUGGAAAUCAAUCAAACUGUGUACAAAUGUGUGGAUUUAAUGUUUCGUCAUCCAAGCAUACUAUGUGAAAAUCCUGGAUUAAUAUGAUUGGAAUUUGAGUAGUCAAGAGAGGGAUCUGGGGAAAACAAAAUACGCUAAUUAAAAGCUUCUUUCAGACUCGCAAGGAACGAGCUUGAUUCAUUGGUGAUGAAGGAAAUUAUUUGUCAAACAAUUCUCUGCAUGUCAUGGGAAUUCCGUCACGGUACUGAGACAAAAGGUGUUAACACAAAGAGACAGUUUCAGCAAUAUAUUUCUGACACAACAUCAUUUGGGAUAACAAUUUUGUCAGCAAUUGACUCUCAUCGGCAACAAGAUUAAGGACUACAAACUUUUUAAGCAAAUAGUGCAACUAACAUACAUUACAGAAGUACAUAAGAGGCAAUCCUAAUAGCUCAUUCUACCUUACUUGUAUAUACAACAAUCUAUUUUUCUAAAGUUUCGCCGCUGCAAUAUAGAUUUCAAUAGCGUCAACCUAUUUUGCAUCUCAGUUGGUUAUUACAAAUAACUUAUCGAUUGCCCAGAUGGUUUCUAUAUAUCCAAGGACACUGGCAACAACCAACACCCGCUUCUCAAAGUUCGACUAACACGAACAGUGGCAAGAAAAGGACCAAAAUCGAAUCGCCAUGAACAACUCUACAAAUUCCAGCGUAGCAUCUAUACCAGGAGAGGAAAAUGGUUUAUGGUAUCCAGAACCAUUGGGAUCGCAUGUAUUUCGCUUAUUUCUUUAUGCCAUAAUCUUUCUAUUGACUGUUGUAGGGAACAUUUUUGUUAUCUUUAUUGUGCUUCGUACAAGAGAACUUCAUUCAGUAACUGGAUAUCUUAUAUGUAAUCUUUCAAUCGCGGAUCUCGGCGUCGGCUUGAUCUGCCUGCCUUUCACAUUGACGUACGCAGAGCUGACUUACUGGCCUUUUGGCCUUGCUCUAUGCAAGAUAAUACCCUUUUUCCAAGCAACGACAAUCAUGGCGUCAGUAGCCACCUUAUCAGCUAUCAGCUUUGAUCGUUUCCGGUCCAUUGCGUAUCCCUACGAGCCUCGAAUAAGUAUAUCUAAGGUUAAGUUUAUAAUAGCUGGCAUCUGGUUCUUAGCCUUUUUAGUGAAUCUUCCUGUGUUGGUGAUCAUGAAAACCCUUUUAGUACCUAAGCAUGGACGGAUGUGUGACGAAUUUGGAUGGCCAAGUAAACAGUAUCGACAGGUCUACACAGCAUGUUCAUUCGUGCUUACUUAUGCCAUGCCACUUCCUUUGAUGGCAAUAUGGUAUGCAAUAGUUAUUUUUAAGCUUGAAAAAGCUGCACGAGAGAAUAGUGACCAAGAGGGAUUCAGAGUGGCUAAGGCAAAGGGGAAGGUUGUGCGCAUGCUUAUCAUGGUAGUAGUUGCUUACUUUAUUUGCUAUCUUCCUUACCACGUGGUCUGGUUGUGGUUUGAGUUUGGAAAAGGAUCCACAUAUAGAUACUACUGGGUACUGCUAUCGUACACACAAGUGUUGGUGUAUUCAAAUAGCUUCACCAAUCCAAUUCUUUACUACUUCUUCAGCGAACAAUUUAGACGAGGAUUCUUACGUACCUGCAAGUGUCGUCUAACAAGAAGAAAAUCCCAAAGARAGCCAAAAUCAAGGUCAAAUCGACUUCUAAGUAUAGAUCGGGCUAAUAAAACAGUAAUGAGUGAGACUGAUCCUAGUGCAGUGGGGUGGAAAUAAAGAAUAGGGAACGGAUUUCAUAAGACUCAAAAAAGCGGCAUUUGUAUAGACAUGCGUUGAGCUAAUCCCAGGCGAUCAGAUUAUUGUCUAUCCCAUGCUGUGUCAUGACAGCCAGCCAAACGCCGAGGCAGAUCGGUGCCAUUUAUUUUCAGAACGUCAUAUUGAUAAAAUAUGUUCGGGAAGCAAUAAUAUGAGGUGGAUGGGUUUAUUCGAAUAGACUUAACUCGUCCAAGUGUAUACCACGUGUCUUUUCUUUGUUUAACGAUUGUGCCUGAAUWCGUAUCAUAGGACGAAAGUAUAUAUGAGAAGGUUAACCCUAUCGAGAAUAUCUCCUAAGAACAAAUUGGAAUCUAGUUUAGAAAGUUGAUUUUUAACGCGUGGUUUGAAAUGGGUAAACAUUGCACUAAGACGAGCUGGUUCUAUUUGAAAUUUUAAAAAAUCAGGAAAUUUGAAAUAGUGUCAUUUGAAAUAGUGUUAGCCUGUGUUAUUUUUGCCCGUCGAAAAGGUAUGCURUAAUCAAAUCUCGAAGUUUUAUCGAUAUAUGCAUAAACAAAAUCACGUAAAUCAGCCGAAUUUCGUAGCGUUUGCUACUGAGUAAUCAAAUUGUUUUUGAACAUGCAAAUAUGGAGCGGUUAUGGUACGUGUCCCAUCAAAAGCGCCUAAAGUUAUCCGGCUCGUAUAGUAGUAUCGUAGGCGAUAAAUCGUCAUAGGCCUCUAAAUAUAAACKUAUGUUUAUUUCAGAAAGGAAAAAGAAAGCAGGUUAAUUUCAAAAAAAAUUAUUGAUCACUGCACAUAUAAUUUUUAAACCUGAUGUGUGUGUAGCCUGAUGCGUGUGGRUGUAGCCUGAUGCGUGUGGGUGUAACCUGAUGUGUGUGGGUGUAGCCUGAUGCGUGUGUGUAUAAUCUGAUGUGUGUGUAACCUGAUGUGUGUAAUGCGUGUGUGUGUAAGUUGAUGAGUGUGUAACCUGAUGUGUGUAAUGCGUGUGGGUGUAGCCUGAUGCGUGUGGGUGUAGCCUGAUAAGUGUGUGUGUAAUCUGAUGUGUGUGUGACCUGAUGUGCGUAAUGCGUGUGUGUGUAAUCUGAUGUGUGUCUAACCUGAUGUGUAAGCUUGUAACCUGAUGUAACCUGGUGCGUGUGUUUGUUAUCUGAUGUGAGUGUGUGUAACCUGAUGUGUGUGCGUGUAUUUAGUGAAACAUGGGGGGGACGGGGGAAUAGUGAAAUGAUGUUGAAUACGGUGCGAUCGAGCUAAGAUAGUAAACAAACAUAAUUACUGGAAUAUACUUAUAUUUUCAAUGUAAUAACUAGGAUAAAUAACCAUGAUACUAGAAUAAGACUGCAAAUUAAAACAGCAAAUAAGGGUACAUAUUUGUUAUCUAAAUUUGCAGGAUCCCCUUGGAUGCAAGCCAAGCUGCUCUAUCGGAAUAUAAGAUUAGCAUAUUUCACAUGUAAAUAAUUCAAAGUGCAAUUGCAAGAAAACUKUUCAACUACGCAACGACGUUUGUAACACUGGAUUGAUGUAGACUUUCCAGUCUAUAGGAUUGCUAAAGCAAAACGCAGAUAUAAAUGAAACAAAAGAAAAAACUGCUUAAAAAGUGAAAUAAUCGUAAUGCAACUAUAAUCGAAGCAAAUAAGAAAAAAAUAUAACAGUCAAGACCGUUUUCAAGCAUGAUCCACACUCUAAGAAACUGGAAAGAUAUGAUGUACWUCAGUAUGCAUUUAAUGACGGAAAGUAUUCAUGGCAUGCCCUUGUACUAAUGAAGAAAAAUCCAAUGAUAA